AUGGAAGGAUGGCUUAUACGAUCGAGAGAACGCGGCAUGCAUUUUCCACCGUUUAAGUCGAAAUGGGUUCGCCGGUACUUUGUCUUACGAAUUUGUGACAAGAAGCUGGGAACGUAUGUGCUCGAUGAAUUUCGAAAAGAAGAUAAGAGGCGGCUUAGAAAGUCGCUUGAUCUCGUCCGCUGUGUCCAAAUCGAUUCUCAUUUGCAAUUAGCGGAUUCCUCUUGGACAUCGUCUGAAAAGAAAACACCACUUUACUUUGUGUCAGAAUCUGAGGAGAAAAUGAAGGACUGGGUGUAUAACCUAUGCCGUGCUUGUCGUUUGGAAAAGGAAACUGAUGAAGACAGUACUUCCUUCACGCAGCAGCAUCCAUCUCACGUAGAAGAAGUCAAGAAGAACUCAGCUACAUUCGAGAAACUUCCGAAAUCACAGCGCUCAAAACGCCAUGUACCUUCAUCUGCAGCGGCAAGAAAGAGCAGUCAUCAACGGCGACAUCGAAGAACGGAUUCCUUGGAAAGACCUCGGGCAUCAUCAUCUGCAUCAGCGUGCUCUUCUGUAACGUCAGGCCAUCCUAGUGACGAGGGAGACGAUGACUCAACAAGUUGUAUUUCACAGCUGAGCAAUCUUUCAUGCGGACCACCGGUCCCACCAAGGACACGUCUAGGUCCACAAUACUCUUCUGCAUCUUCCUCUACUGGUGUUCCGGACCACCUAUCUCACAUGGGCUCUCCUAAGACUCGCAGCGUGAUUAGUGAAACCAUGGAGAACGACAGCAGCGGUGAAACUAUCAAAUUGCAUGGAGUUGUUCCGUAUGCAAACUCAGAAGGCGGCUUUCGCUUUGGAUCAGGUUUCCUGCCUCCAGCGGUAGACCGGUCGAACAAACCUGCCAAGUUGCGACUCUACGAUUACGAGGAGGAAAAGGUUCCAGAGGAAAUGACCAUACAUGGUUAUAAUAAGUGA